AAAUUCAAUAAUAAUUUACAGCUAUGCGAAUAGUUCUCAGAGGUAAAGCUCAUGCUGAAUGGCAAAUUUUGGUUAGUGGUGAUCGGUCAGCAGUAAAAGAUGACCAAUACUUUAUUGAUAAUAGAUCACUUAUAUUCGGGAAAGCAGAUCGACAUGACGGUCCUGUUCCCAUAUUGCCACGCGGGAUUCAUCAUUUUCCAUUUAGGUUUCAAUUACCUCAAAGCUCAUUACCUUGUUCAUUUGAAAGCAAGCCAGGUUAUGUUAGAUACUAUAUAAAGGUGACACUUGAUAUUCCUUAUGCGUCGCCUCCUCAAGGGAUGAAAUAUUUUACUAUAAUAGGACCGCAUAUAGACUGUAUGGAUGAUCAAUAUCUAAAACCUGUUGGAGCUUUAGAAAAACGGUCAAAAUGUUGUAUGUGCUGUAAAAGCAAUAGAAUUGUAUUGCAAUGUCAAUUAGAAAGAACAGCAUACGUCUGUGGGGAAGCACUACGCCUGAAAGCUAACAUAAAAAAUCAAAAUAAUAAAGAAAUAAGACUUAAGAUUAGACUUUUUCAGAAUGUUCAUUAUUCUAUUGAACGGGGUAUACUAGGAGUACAAAAUCAAAAGGACGUUCAACAUUUAGUGUUGGAGUAUAUCGGUGAACCAAUACAAACUGGAUGUGAGUCUCAAUGGGAUUCAGCAGACGGACUUAUUUUACCGGUGAUGCCACCAACAUUGAUAGGGAUAUGUCGACUUCUACAAAUAUAUUAUGUACUCAAGGUUUGUGUUGAUAUGGGUAAAGGUGAUGAAGAUCUCAAUAUGAAUUUCCCAAUUACAAUAGCAACAGUACCUUUUCGAAUACCUAACUGCAAUAAAACACCAAAAGUUUAUUACAGUGUUGCAUGUGAUCACGUGGAAGGGGGUAGGUAUAUUGGACCUGAAUUUUUACUUGGUGGUCAUGUUUAUGAUGGUUCACAAUCCGAACAAAUAGUUUUGUAUAGGCCUGUGUAUGUGAAUGUGAGACAACCGAAAUUAUCGAAUUCAACAACUUCCAAUUCUUCAGAUAAUAAAUAGUAAU